GUGAUCUUCGCAGCCCUCGUUUAGCAUUAAUGAAUGAACGUGAACAUUUCCUGGUAUCACACUUCUGACUCGUGAAAUAAAAAGCCACCUUUCGCACCCAUCGUGGCGAACAUUUGUCCCGUGCCUCCCCUCAGGAUUGUGUCAGGAAUGCCACCUUAAAAAUCUUCUCGCGUGAAACUUUUGGCUGUAACUCCGUCGGUCCACCUUAAGCGCACACGCAAACGCACUCGCAGGAGGCGUACAGCGAGGUUUCCGCUUCUCAGUUGGGCUCGGACCGCGACUCACGAAAAACACGGUGUGUAACGUGAAAGGUUGACGCACUGAGGUGAAAAAAAAAGAAAGAAGAAACCAAACGGGGCAAGCAUUAAAGAUGUCCGAAUCAAAGUACCGCGAGUGGAUUCUGGACACUAUCGACUCGCUGCGGUCGCGAAAAGCCCGGCCGGACUUGGAGAGGAUUUGCCGAAUGGUCCGGAGACGACACGGGUCCGAGCCCGACCGAACCUGCGCAGAACUGGAGAAACUGAUUCAGGAGCAAACCGUGCUGAAAGUUAACUACAAGGGCUCUAUCUCAUACCGAAACGCUGCCAAGGUUCAGAGGAGAAGCAGAAAAAAAGACGAUGUAACGUUAACCACGGCUACGAGACGGAGCACCGUGGAAGAAGCGAGUCAUUCUGACUUGAGCAACGGGGACAGCGCUUUCGGUCCUGUAGACCAGGACGAGGAGGAUUUGGAGGCUGAUACUUCUAUGGCAAUGGACACAGACAGUAAUGCAGAUGAGGAGGGGGCCGAGGAGAGCCGGGAUGGUCAGGACAGACCCUCUCCUGGCCACACAUUUGAAGAUGCUGCCAUGCACUGCUCCACUGUGCGAGCCGUCUCUGCCCCCUGCUCCCCCUCUGGCACUCGGCCUGGUCCCGGCCCCGGCUGCAGCCCUGGCUCGGGUCUGGACUGUGCCUCUUUCCAGAAGGUUGGUGAGAGGCCCAGCUCCUUGCCCCCCUCCAGCCCUAGGGCCCUCACACACAAUGACUGGGCCUAUCAUUCUGCUGUCUGCCCAGUGGAGCGCCAGCACCCAGGAAUGCAGAGAGACAAAGCUGCAGCCACAAAGCCAGUAAUCCAGUCCAUUACUAGCAGCCCCAUUGCUUUAAAGAACAAUGUUAAGCAGGAGGAAGGAGGCAAAGCAGAGGACAGUGGCCUUUCAUCUGACCAGUUGGUACCAGACUAUGCAGCAGGCCAGGAGGAGACCAAGAAUGUAUCUGACAGAAGAUCACAGCCUCUGUCUUUGCCAUCCGACAACUUGAAGAACAAGGUAGAUAUACCUUCCUUUGCAGCACCCGGAGACGUUCUUCUAAACGGGGCUAAAGAUGAUGAAGUCUCUGUGAAGAAGGAGAAGGGUGGACAGAACUUGUUGCAGUGGACUGUGGCAGAUGUGGCCAGUUACUUUUCAGCUGCAGGCUUUCCAGAGCAGGCGAUGGCCUUUCGAACACAGGAAAUAGAUGGGAAGUCCCUCCUCUUAAUGCAGCGCAGUGACGUGCUGACUGGUUUGUCUAUUCGACUCGGCCCCGCCCUCAAAAUCUACGAGCGCCAUGUCAAGGUGCUGCAGAGGACCCACUUCCUGGAGUGCGAGGACCUCUGAAGCAACAGCACAGACAGAAAGACAGACACACGGACAAUACUGCAAUGACCUGAACGUGCAUGCAGUGCCCUCUCCCAUCUGGAUCCUGCACCCACCUUCAUAUACAAACUAUGUAGAGGGUGAGUGGAGGGGCGAUGGCUGCGGUGGAAUGAACUUUCACUGUGAGAAUGACCAGAAACUGAAAGACACCCAUCCUACCUCUCAUUAUGGUCUUUGGUUUUCAAAUGGUUCUCAUUUCAAUUCCAUUGCGUGGUUAAAGAAAGAGACAGCUGUGUUUAUAGUGUGUUUUAAAACAGAGGACCAAUAACCUUUCUGCAAGAGAAAGGGAUCAGUAAGGAAGCUAUUGAAGGGGGGCUGAGCCUUGCACAAUUUGGACCACCUUUAGCCACAGAGGCCUGAUUGUACACAGCUGAGAGCGUAGUGUGCUGACGUUUAUAAGAAAGUGUUGGUUCUUUUUGGCUCUAGAAGAACUCCUCCCUGCAUCCUUGUUUUGUCUCUAAUGGUACCACCUCUAUGUCCAGAAGCUGUCGUGUGUCACACAUAUACAUGUAAAGCACUUCUCAUGUCCUUGUCUUUUUUACAAUUGAGGAACUGAAUUUAAUUUAAAAAGAUCUAGAGAAGUCAUUGCUGCAUCAAAAGUCUGAUUCUGACUCAUGUCACAAAGAUGUGCUGAUGUUAGGUGAUGCCUUCAGUGUCUCUGAGAUAUGAGGGAUGUAUACUUCCAGAUGGAAAGGCAAUAUAUUGCAUUUUCCCCCUUUUUCUAUCUUAUAUCGUUUUGACUGUGGUCCAACUUUGGAACUACUGCAGAUAUAUGUGACUAGUGAACCUGCAAGCUAGUAGAAUUGACUUUCAUACAUAAGCAAAAUAAGGUAAUAAACUUGAGAAACAUUUGUUGUUAUACUAAAUACAUCAUUUUAAAUUCAAUCCAGCUGCUUGGUGCCUGUUUGCCGAGCAGACACCUUGAUCAAAUGCAAUAUUUUAUGUUCUCCAUGUAUCAUUUGUUCAGUGUUCAUUUGUGUUAUGAUGCAAGUCGACCUCUUGAAUUGGAACAUUCCACGAUGUAGUCUACAUCUCCAGUGUAUCUCUCCUCAUUUUUAUCUAAACAUUGAGACUUUUUCCAGGGUCACAAAUAAAGCUUGUGUCUCUCUGUU